AUGAAUCACAAUUAUGAUGGUGUUUGUUGGCUAUUGGAAAAAGUGGAUAAAACAGGAGACACUGAUUUUAAUAAAGAAAAGAAGGGAAUUAUUUUGAUUAAUGAUAUGAAUGAUAAACAACUUUUACAUGAUCUUUCAUCAGCUUAUGAAAUUGCAUUGCAGGAA